UGCAGCAGGAGCGAGGCCGAGCACGACGCCACACACACGCCACAAAAUAAUGGUAAUUGGUAAACAAAAUCAUGAAUCCAAUAAAGUCUGAGCCAAGAGACAUGGAUGAAGACGUGGCAGCCAUCAAAGAAGAGAUUGAUAUAGACUACACCAUGUCCUGGCUUUGCAAGCAGGAAGUUGACGAACAGGUCUCAUCCAACCCUGGCUCUCCACUCACUGUUAAGGAGGAGCAAACACACUUGAAUGGUGAAGGAGAUGAUCAAGAAAACGAAAGGACUGUAAGCAAAGAGCCAACCUUGCCUACUGCUUAUGUCAGACUGGUCCGCUUGGAAGAACUGGAUAGUAAUGCAAGAAGACAAUACCAGAACCAGAGCUCAGAUCAAGAAUUUGUGUCUCCAUCAGCUGGUAGUUGUGGUGAUUCCUCUGAAGGAGAAAAAGACGAAAUAGAAAAAGAAGAAGAAGAAGAAGAAGAAGAAGAAGAAGGAAUAGAAAACAGUGAAUCACAAGAUGAGAACAAUGAAAUAGUAGAAACAAAUACCACCCAAAAUCAAGAUGUCAUAGAUCAGGAAUAUAGAAAUCCACCACUCAAAACGACUGUUACAAAGCGUCAUCAGUGUACAGUCUGUACAAAACGUUUCUCUCAGACUGGUAGUCUGAAUGUCCACUUGCGAACUCAUGCCAAAGAGAAGCCUUAUCAGUGAACGGUCAGUAAAAUAAGCUUCUCUCAGUGGAGAGUCCAUAUGGAUACUCACACCAAAGAGAAA